AUGGCGUUGCUGCUGCUCCAGCUCGACGAGAGCGUGACCGGACUCUUCGGGCAGUGGAACAUUUGGACGAGCGCCCUAUUCACAGUCUUUGCCGGCUUCCUGACCUACCAAUUCGUCACACGCCAGGACCCCGAUACCCAUCCUUUCCUGCUCGCCCGCCAGGCCCAGGGCUCCCCUGUGCGCCAACCCGGCGAGUCCCCCGUCUACCGUCCCCAGGGUGCCCCUCAUGGCAUGCCCCUCAACGCCGGCCUAAACGUCAAGGAGCCCGGGGCUUCCAAGUGGUCGAGAGGCCGGGACGGCGAUCUUAGGGACGUCUGGCGUCAGGCGAUCGCGGGCGUGCAGGACGAUGGCCCGAACAAGGGUAAGACCGGCCGUAUCUUGACUGUUCUAGGCACCGACAAGGCCAUCGAGCACAGCUUGGAGGACGUUACGCGUCAAAUCAACCUAAUCGGCCAGCACAUCGCCGACCAGGGCGGCAACCGUGUGGCCAUCUACCUGCCCAACUCGGUCGAGCUGAUCGCGACGCUCUUCGCCUGCGCUUUCCACAACCUGACCGCUGUGAUCCUGCCCUUCGACGAGCCCACCGACGCCGUCAUCUCCAUGCUGCGCCGCUCCGCCGCCGACACCGUUGUGACCGCCCCUGGAUCAUUCCCCUUCGACGUCGUCGUCAAGAACUACCCGUCACUGCGCCAGCUGGUCUGGGUCGUUGACGAGGGCAGCAAGCACCUCGACUGGAACGAGGUCCCCGAAGGCACCGGCGGCGCCGUCAACGUAUCUACCUGGCAGGACAUCAUCAACGACAGCCCCGUCGACGCCGGAAAGGAACUACCCUCCCUCGAAGGCCAGCGUGAGCCCCGCGACAUCACCGUAUUCUGGCAGUCCAAGCCCGGCCAGCAAGAGGAAAUGGUCCGUUUCACCUCCGCCAACCUCGUCUCCGGCAUCGCUGCCCAGCUCUUCGCCCUCCCAACCGCUCAGCGCCUCAGCCCGGCCGACGUCUUCCUGCCCGCCGACUCGCUCGCCAACACCCACACCCUCGUCCUCACCCUAACCGCCCUCUUCUCCAACGCAUCCGUAGCCUUCAACUCCGUAGCCGCCCAGGCCGACGACCUCGCCAUCGCAACCCGCGGCAGCCCGUCCCCCACCGUUCUCGUCGCCACCCCAGCAGCCCUGCUCAAAACCCACAAGGAAUCCCUCGCCCGGAUCAACGCCUCCUUCCUCUCCCGCACCCUGCACCGCCUGCAGGUCCGCCGGAUCGCCCAGUCCGGCGUCUUCCCCAACCCAGCCGAAAACAACAAGAAACUCCGCCUCAUCCUCACCGCCGAACGCGCCGGCGCCGACACACCGUUGCUGACUACUUCUGUCCUGGGCGACUUGCGUGUGCUGACGGGCGCGCGCAUCAUGUAUGCCCUGACAGCCGCCAAGGUUGCGGGCGCUGUGGCACAGACGGCGUUUUAUGACUAUCGCGUUUAUGAGAGUGCGAAUGGUGGUGCGGCUGGUGGUGAAAGUGAGGCGCAUUUUGGCCCGCCGGUGACGAGCACGGAGAUUUUGUUUCGUGAUUCCGGGGUGCAUAAGACUGGGGAUGAGGGGAGUCGGGGAGAGAUUAUCGUCCGUGGCCCAUCUGUUGCUGGGAACGAGGCUGCGCUGGGUGUGGUCGGGAGGACGAGGGCGGAUAACACGAUUGCGUAUGUUUAG